AAUUUGGAGAAGUACCACCAGAGUACAAGGACAUCGACAUAUGUCUUCUGAUGUACGCAGCAAACGAUCUGAGUAGUUUCGAAAACGUGAAGUAUUGGAUAUCCAAGUUCAAGAAAAAAGCGAACAUUAAAAAUGCCGAUACGUUCACUUUCGGAGUUGUUGGCAACAAGCAGGACGUCCCCGAAUAUGCCAGACUAAUUUCAAAAAAUGAAGUGAAUGGUUGGUGCUGGAACAAUAAUCUUUGGCACUCAGAAAUAUCAACCAAAGAGGAGCCCACUAUCAACCGAGUUGAUCCAACUUUAGGAUCUCCGGCAGCAUUACAGAGUCUCGCUUCACGUAUGACCUUGUGUAGAUCAGCAGUGUUUAGAGGACCCAGGCGCUCGUGCCAGAGCAUUAACUCCGAG